CAAUCAAUCUCAAUCUAUUUCGUUCCUCGUCUAUUCUAGCGCAGAUUGCAUAUUUCUUACCCUCCCCAUCCGGAGUGCCAUGUGAUGUUCCAGCGAAUCGCAGCGUGCUGUUUCCUCAGCCGGCCCUUUACUUUGGAAUAGCCUGGCUGGGGUAUGGGGUAACGGCGAUCCUGGUUCCUGGAGAGGUGCAGCGAGCCUCCGCGAGGGCUGUCACGACCCGUCGUGGCGCGUGAGAUGUACUCCACACCCAAGGCGCUUUUCGAGUCCGGGGUAAAGCAAAAUGUAUAUAACGGAGGACGUGGGACGGCAUGGGUCCGGCCAGUGGCCAUUGACUGCUCUGCUCCCCUUGGUAUCCCGCCCAGCCUGUACUGCUUUCGCGGCGCCAAUACUUCAAGAUGAAGGGUUUCACCGCUUUCAAAGCAGCUUCGCUGCUGUCCGCUCUUUCCAUCCCGGCGGCUUUUGCCCAGGACUCAUUCACACAUGCUGGCACUGGAAUUACUUUCUUCCGUCAGACCAUCUCCACCGCUGAGACUAGUGGCGGCCUGGAGUGGGGUUACGCUCUUCCUGCGACCGGCUCAGGCAAUGCUGAAUACAUCGGUUAUAUCAAAGGCUCUACACCGAGCGGGGCAGGAUGGAGUGGUAUAAGUCACGCAGGCGGCAUGGCCAACUCUCUCUUACUUGUCGCCUCGCCCGAUGGUACCAACGUGAAGACUCAAUUUGUCUGGGCAGGAGGAUACUCCGCCCCCGAAGACUACACCGGCAACGCUACGAUUACACAAAUUGCGCACACCGUUAGCGCUGACAGCUUUGAGGUGAUCUACCGAUGUGAAUGGUGCUGGGUCUGGGAUCAGAAGGGUGCAACUGGCUCACAGAUUCCCGAUGAGGUCCAAGUCAUCGGAUGGGCCCAGCACAAGGCUCUUCCCUCCAACCCAUGGGUUCAGCACAACAAUGGGCAGGGUAUUUUCGGUAUCUCAGUUGCAGACGCUAGAAACGCCAAAUACUCCAGUUGGAUACCAGGCGGCACUCCCACAGGCACGCCCACUACCACACCCACUGCCACCUCGUCUCCUACAUCCUCGGCUCCUGCUGGCCCGACAAGCUGCGCUGGUAAGCCCGCUCCAACUGAAGCAUAUGACUACAUUGUUGUGGGCGCUGGCGCUGGAGGUAUCCCGGUUGCCGACAGACUUUCCGAGGCUGGCAAGAAGGUUCUCCUCAUCGAGAAGGGCCCGCCAUCUCUGGCCCGCUUCGGUGGAACCAUGAAGCCUGACUGGCUCAAGGACUACCAGCUGACUCGAUUUGACGUUCCCGGUCUUUGCAACCAGAUCUGGGUCGACUCUGCCGGUAUUGCAUGCACGGACACUGAUCAGAUGGCCGGAUGCGUCCUCGGUGGGGGAACUGCUGUCAACGCUGCUCUUUGGUGGAAGCCUGUUGCGAUCGACUGGGACACCAACUUCCCCGCGGGCUGGAAGUCGGCUGACAUCAAGUCUUCUGUGGAUGCUGUAUUCAAGCGCAUCCCGGGCACGGAUACUCCUUCGUCAGAUGGCAAGCGCUACAAGCAGGAAGGCUUCAACGUGCUUGCUACGGCCUUCGCCGCGGAUGGCUGGAAGCAGGUUACUGCCAAUAGUGUUCCCGACCAGAAGAACCGUGUCUUUUCGCACUCGCCGUUCAUGUACGAAGGUGGCCAGAGGCAAGGACCCUUGGGAACUUACCUCGUCACCGCUCUCCAGAGAUCCAACUUCAAGCUGCUUACCAACACCGCUGUCAGGCGUGUUGUUCGUACUGGCAGCAAGGCGACCGGCGUAGAGCUCGAGAGCGGCUACUGUGGUACUGUCAAGCUCAACCCCGGCGGGCGUGUCAUCCUAUCUGCUGGUACUUUCGGGUCCUCUAAGCUUCUCUUCCGAAGCGGUAUUGGUCCAACUGACCAGCUUAACGUGGUCAAGAACAGUGUACAGGAUGGCCCUUCGUUCAUCAACUCUUCCCAGUGGAUCAAUCUUCCCGUUGGACAAAACUUGAACGAUCAUGUCAACACUGAUCUCGUCGUGCAACACUCUAAUGUCUCUUUCUACGACUUCUACCAAGCCUGGACCGACCCUAUCGCGGCUGACAAGAAGCUGUACCUGGAGAGCCGUGCUGGUAUCCUUGCUCAGUCCGCACCUAACAUCGGCCCUCUUGCCUGGGAGGUCAUCAAGGGUUCCGAUGGUAAGGAUCGCCAAUUCCAGUGGACUGCUCGUGUUGAGGGUCCCAAGGAAGGUGACAACUACUCCAUGACUAUCUCCAACUACCUCGGCCGUGGUUCGACCUCGCGUGGCGUUGCCUCCAUUAACGGCGCUCUUAGCAUGACUGUCAGCAAGCCUCCCUACCUCUCCCAACAGGCCGAUACCGACGCCGUCAUCGCCAGUUUGAAGAGUAUGCAGAAGGCCAUUUCCAAGCUACCAUCAAUCACUUGGGAGGUUCCUGCACCCGGUGUCUCGAUUGAAGAUUACGUCGCCAGCCUUCCCAAGACUCCUUCUGCUCGUCGUGCAAACCACUGGAUCGGUACCGCCAAGGUUGGCACCGACAGUGGCCUCAAGGGUGGAACUUCCGUCGUUGAUACAAACCUACAAGUAUACGGUACGGACAACAUCCAUGUUGUCGAUGCUUCUAUCUUCCCUGGACAUAUCACCACGAACCCGACUUCAUACAUUGUCACUGUCGGUGAACAUGCAGCCAAGAAAAUAUUGGCAUUGAAGUCCACUUAAGUGCACUUACUUCGUAUUGGUCAAGCGGUAGAGGGAAUAGUCGACGCCGUUGCACACUGGGUCUGCGCCGCAAGUGGAGGGCACUGAUGUUGUUGCUUGCAGAGUGAGCAGUGCGGUAGACUUGGAUGAGAAGGUUAGACCCAGUGUGUGAGCGGCUACGGAUGCAGGAAGCAAAGUGUAAAGAAGAGCAUAUGUAUGGAAGCAUGUGUGUUGUAGAAGCCCGUCGGCAUCCCUGUCUAUAGCUUUGAUCCUUCCACAAUUCCCCUGUACAUAUUUCAAUGCAUCUC